AUGACAUCAGGAGGAUCAGUUGCACAAAGGGAGAAAACCGGAAUUCCUCCUAUUCCUCCCUUCGCAGUCUCAGUAUCUGUACCUGUUCCUGAAGAAAAUAAUAAGCCAGCCACAAGAAGUGUUUCAAAACUAAAAUUACAGCCACCCAAAAAAAUAUUAGGAAAAAGAAAACACAAUCUGUUGCGCUCCUCUCAUCGUCGUACUAAUACUUAUUCCCAGAUUUGCAAUGCUGGAUUGAGAAUGGUAUUAGAGGAAGAUGAUAGAGACAGAGACAGAGACAUAAUCAUAGACUCCUCUCUCUCCAACAACAACCACCACCUCUAUGAUGAUUUCUCCAUAUUCCCUCCUAGCAACCAUGAAAACCUCAAAAUCCAUUUAAAUGACGACCACCCAGCUCCCCCAUCAUCAAACUUGUCUCCUCUUCAAUCUCAAUCGUCCCAUCUCAAUCCCCCACCAUCUCCAUCGUCGGUGUCCCAGUUACCAAGAUGGUGGAUUUUUACUCUUCAGAUUUUGCGUUCAAAGAUGGCUUCUAUUGGUUCCUAUUUUGGAUGUAUUGAUGGAAAAGGAAGGGCCUUUUGGUCUUCUGGAAAUGUUGGUCUGGCAGUGAUGGUGGUUGUUUGGUGGUUGUGUGUCCGAGUUAGGCGGCACUGGCGGAGGAAACAGACUGUGGGGAGGUUAUUGCAGUUUAUCGGAGAGAAAGAUAAGAAGAUUAUCCAGCUUCUGAAUCAAAUUGCUCAAAUGAAUGAAGUCCUGCUAACCUAUCAUAAAGUCAUGGCUUCUAAACUGGCCGAUCAAUGA